UCCGCCUUUUCCAUGCUGGACUGGCAGCGGGUUCGCUCCGAGGAGAGCCGCCUGCCCUGGCCUGCAGCUGACCUCCGGCAGAGUUGAGCCAAAAUGUCCCCGGAAUCUAAAAAGCUUUUCAACAUCAUUAUCUUAGGAAUUGCCUUUAUGUUUAUGUUCACCGCCUUUCAAACUUGUGGAAAUGUGGCGCAAACCGUCAUCAGGAGCUUAAACAGCACGGAUUUCCACGGCAGUGGCUAUACCAGCAUGGCGAUUAUUUAUGGAGUGUUCUCUGCCUCGAAUUUGAUCACACCCUCGGUGGUUGCUAUCGUAGGACCUCAACUCUCCAUGUUUGCUAGCGGUUUGUUUUACAGCAUGUACAUUGCCGUUUUUAUCCAGCCUUUCACGUGGUCCUUCUACACAGCCUCUGUUUUCAUCGGAAUCGCAGCUGCAGUACUUUGGACAGCACAAGGAAACUGCCUGACCAUAAAUUCAGAUGAGCACACUAUUGGGAGAAACAGUGGAAUUUUCUGGGCACUCUUACAGUCUAGCUUAUUCUUUGGAAACCUCUACAUAUAUUUUGCUUGGCAAGGAAAAACUCAAAUAUCAGAGAGCGACCGGAGAACAGUGUUUAUUGCCCUGACGGUGAUUAGCCUUGUGGGGACUGUUCUUUUCUUUCUCAUUCGGAAACCAGACUCCGAAAACAUCCUGGGAGAAGAUGAAUCCUCUGAUGACCGAGACCUGGACAUCAAUGAGUCUGCCCAGAACAAUAUGACGAAGGCAGCAGAUGCAUUUAAAAAGUCUCUCAGACUAUGUGUCACCAAGGAGAUGCUCCUCCUUAGCAUUACAACUGCUUACACAGGUCUGGAAUUGACCUUCUUCUCUGGUGUAUAUGGAACCUGUAUCGGUGCCGUAAAUAAAUUCGGAACAGAAGAGAAGAGCCUCAUUGGACUUUCCGGCAUUUUCAUCGGCAUUGGAGAAAUUUUAGGUGGAAGCCUCUUUGGCCUGCUGAGCAAGAAUAAUCGUUUCGGUAGGAACCCAGUUGUGCUGCUGGGCAUCCUGGUGCAUUUCGUCGCUUUUUAUUUAAUAUUUCUCAACAUGCCCGCAGACGCCCCCAUUGCUCCCCUUGAGGGGACCGACAGCAGAGCUUACAUCGCAUCCAGCAAAGAAGUGGCCAUCUUCUGCAGUUUCCUGUUGGGUCUUGGAGACAGCUGCUUCAAUACCCAGCUGCUCAGUAUUUUGGGUUUUCUCUAUUCCGAAGACAGUGCCCCUGCAUUCGCAGUCUUUAAGUUUGUCCAGUCCAUUUGCGCAGCUGUGGCAUUUUUCUACAGUAACUACCUUCUCCUUCCCUGGCAACUCCUGGUCAUGGUGAUCUUCGGGUUUUUUGGAACUGUGUCAUUCUUCACUGUGGAGUGGGAAGCUGCCGCUAUUGUCGCCCGGGGCUCCGACUACCGAAGUAUCUGACCUGGGGAGCCAGCUACGGGAGGGAGGCGGAGCCUCUGCAUCCUGCACUCCGGAGUGGAGCCAGGAGAAGGUCCCACCUUUGGCUUUCACAGGACAGGGAGGACGCUCAGCGUGGAGAAAUCGGAGGGGCCGGACUGCUCAGGCUGCCGGAGCUGGAAUUCCAGUUCACAGAUGUUCACUCCUUAAAACAAGUGGAAUAAGGGAAACUUGUGCUGUCAAUUAUAAUCAUUCAAAGAUGUUUUUUAAUUCAUCUGUCGCGAGUUCCUUAUAAUCACGUUAUCAAAUGUAAA